AUGACUGUCGAUAUUUUGCCUCUGGAGCUCAACUUUGCUCGCCCACUUACCAUUGAGGUUGCGCGAACACUCACGAUUCGAAACACAAGCAGCACCCCCGUAGCAUUCAAGGUCAAAACCACUGCCCCCAAGCAAUACUGCGUUCGACCCAAUGCCGGUCGCAUCGAGCCCGGGCACUCUUUCGACGUCGCAGUCCUCCUCCAGGCUAUGAAACAGGACCCUCCCCUGGAUGCCAAGUGUCGCGACAAGUUCCUCGUUCAGUGCGCUCCAAUCAACUCGGACCAAGACUUUGCCAGCAUUGCAUCUGUGCUGGAGUCUGCAGACAAGUCGCAGCUCACGGAGCGCAAGAUCCGCGUCAACUGGCUUGCUGCCAGCGGCGAGGCUGCCCAAAGCACCAGCCCACCAUCAGGACCUUUGUCGACGCCUAGCAAAGCCUCUUCUGUCAACGGAGUUGCCGAAACUCCCGAGGCCCCUCGACCGUUCUCCACGCCCGGCGGCCGCUCCAACUUGACGCCGCUCUCCGACCCUCCCCCAUACACCUACGAUGACGCCGCUGAUGCCGCCGCUGAUGCCGCCGACGAGAAAUCUGGACAGCCAAACUCCGUCAUAGCGCAGGCUGCCGCAGCUGUCUCUGAGACUGCGCAGUUGACAUACGAGGAGUUGAAAGCGAAGCUUGCACAAGCGGAGGCGCAGCUGCUGAACCUCAAGGACGGCGGAUUGCGCCAACGAAACGUCAAGAGCUCAUCCGGCGACGAGAAGCGACCCGCGGGUGGUGACGCCCCUCAGGCUGUUAAGCAGCAACCGGAGGGUGUGGCGGUCCCAAUCGUCGCCCUGCUGUGUCUACUGAGCUUCCUCCUCGCCUACUUCUUUUUCUAA